CGGUCUCCGACAUCUAAUAAUAUUCUUGACUUUUCUAUCAAGAGCAAGACCCGUUAUGAUGCUUUCUAUAAGACUGAGUUAAAUUCCUUGCUUACCUCACUUGGUAUUGAAACGCUCAUCAUAUCUGGUGUUUUAACAAAUUUGUGUUGUGAGACAACUGCAAGAAGUGGUUUUAAUCAGGACUAUAAUAUUAUUUUUCUUGACGAUGCGACUGCAGCAGAUGAUGAAGAGAUGCAAAAG